AUGUCGACGUUUGGCCACGGUGCUGCCACGUUCCUAUCUGCUACCCAGUUUCUCUUCUUUUCAUUAUCUUCUACCAUCUGUAAUUCUAAAAUUCUUCUUUUCCUUAUUUUCCUCUUUUCUCAAACCCCUUCUUUUGUUUGGAAAUCCGGGCUUAUGUCCCGGAUAAAUUCUUUUCUCUCUACUGGAUACUUUCACCAUCUGGAAUCACAUGAGAGACAGCCUUCUCAUUCAGUGUCCCCUUCGCAACCACGUAAUACUUUUUCAGUGAUUUGGGGCAAGUCUGCGGGAUUUUUUCUUUUUCUACUCUUAUCUUCUUCUCAUUUCUCUUCUUCUUCUUCUUCUUCUUCUUUUAUCUUCUCAUUCCUUCCUUUUCUUUUUCUUUCAUCUUCUUCUCAUUUCUUCUUCUUCUUCUUCUUCUUCUUUUAUCUUCUCAUUCCUUCUUCUUUUUCUUUCAUCAUCUUAUCAUUUCUUCUUCUUCUUCUUCUAAUUCUACUUCUUCUUUCAUCUUUUUCUCAUUUCUUCUUCUUCUUUCAUAUUCUUCUCAUUUUUUCUUCUUCUAAUUCUCUUCAUCUUUCUUCUUCUUUUUCUUCUUUUAUCUUCUUCAUCUUUCUUAUUAUUAUUUUUCUUCUUUUAUAUUUUUCUCAUUUCUUCUUUCUUCUUCUUCUUCUUCUCAUUUCUUCUUCUUCUUCUUCUUUUAUCUUCUCAUUCCUUCCUCUUCUUUUUCUUUCAUCUUCUUCUCAUUUCUUCUUAUUAUUCUUCUUCUUCUUCUUCUUCUUUUAUCUUCUUCUCAUUCCUUCCUCUUCUUUUUCUUUCAUCUUCUUCUCAUUUCUUCUUCUUCUUCUUCUUCUUCUUUUAUCUUCUUCUCAUUCCUUCCUCUUCUUUUUCUUUCAUCUUCUUCUCAUUUCUUCUUCUUCUUCUUCUUCUUCUUUUUUAUCUUCUCAUUCCUUCCUCUUCUUUUUCUUUUUCUUCUCAUUUCUUCUUCUUCUUCUUCUUCUUUUUAUCUUCUUCUCAUUCCUUCCUCUUCUUUUUUUUUCAUUUUUCUCAUUUCUUCUUCUUCUUUUUUUCUUCUUCUUUUAUUUCCUCUUUUUUUCAUCUUCUUCUUUUCUUCUUCUUCUUCUUCUUCUUCUUCUUUUAUCUUCAUUCUUUCCUCUUCUUUUUCUUUCAUCUUCUUCUCAUUUCUUCUUCUUCUUUUUUCUUUUUAUCUUCUUCUCAUUUCUUCCUCUUCUUUUCUUCUUUUCUUUCAUUUCUUCUUCUUCUUCUUUUUUUUCUUCUUUUCUUUCAUUUCUUCUCAUUUCUUCUUCUUCUUCUUCUUUUAUCUUCUUCUUCCCUUUUUUUCUUUCAUCUUCUUCUUUCUUCUUCUUCUUCUUCUUCUUCUUCUUUUUUCUUCUUCUCAUUCCUUCCUCUUCUUUUCUUUCUCUUCUUCUUUUCUUCUUCUUCUUCUUCUUCUUCUUCUUCUUUUUAUCUUCUUCUCAUUCCUUCCUCUUUUCUUUCAUCUUCUUCUCAUUUCUUCUUCUUUCUUCUUCUUCUUCUUUUAUCUUCUUCUCAUUCCUUCCUCUUCUUUUUCUUUCAUAA